AUCACUUGCCGUUGCGUCGGAUAAUGUGCGUAUCCCAUUACUACUACUUUUCAGAGUUGAGUGCCGAGUUUGUUAGAGGGAAUGUCAAGCGGAGAAACAUUGGUUAGUGAGGCAGACGGGAACGGCGGCAUAAUGGCUCAACAGAAGAACCUGGAGGGCUAUGUGGGCUUUGCAAAUCUCCCCAACCAAGUUUACAGAAAAUCAGUCAAGAGGGGUUUUGAGUUCACGCUCAUGGUUGUGGGGGAAUCUGGGCUGGGGAAGUCGACGCUGAUCAACUCACUCUUUCUGACAGACCUGUACUCCCCUGAAUACCCGGGUCCUUCGCAUAGAAUAAAAAAAACUGUUCAGGUGGAACAGUCAAAGGUUCUGGUAAAGGAAGGAGGAGUCCAGCUUCUGCUCACCAUUGUCGACACCCCCGGCUUUGGCGAUGCUGUGGACAACAGUAACUGCUGGCAGCCCGUCAUCGAUUACAUCGACAGUAAGUUUGAGGAUUACCUCAAUGCAGAGUCACGGGUCAACAGACGGCAGAUGCCAGACAACAGAGUGCAGUGCUGUCUGUACUUCAUUGCCCCAUCCGGACAUGGGCUGAAGCCCCUCGAUAUUGAAUUCAUGAAACGGUUACAUGAAAAAGUGAACAUCAUCCCUCUAAUCGCCAAAGCCGACACAAUGACUCCCGAAGAGUGUCAACAGUUCAAGAAACAGAUCAUGAAAGAAAUCCAGGAGCACAAAAUCAAAAUCUACGAGUUCCCGGAGACGGAUGACGAGGAGGAGAUGAAGAUGGUCAGGAAAAUCAAGGAUCGUUUACCCUUGGCUGUAGUUGGUAGUAACACCAUAAUCGAGGUCAACGGAAAGCGAGUGCGCGGGAGGCAGUACCCCUGGGGUGUCGCUGAAGUGGAAAACGGAGAGCACUGUGAUUUUACCAUCCUCCGGAACAUGCUCAUCAGGACCCACAUGCAGGACCUGAAGGAUGUGACAAACAACGUUCACUAUGAAAACUACCGCAGCAAGAACCUAGCUGCCGUCACCUACAACGGUGUGGACAACAAUAAGAACAAGGGGCAGCUUACCAAACCUGAGACGGCUGACGGCAUGAGUCCUCUAGCCCAGAUGGAGGAGGAGCGACGGGAGCACGUGGCCAAAAUGAAGAAGAUGGAGCAAGAAAUGGAGCAAGUGUUUGAGAUGAAGGUCAAAGAGAAGCUCCAAAAGCUCAGAGACUCUGAGGCUGAGCUCCAGAGGCGUCACGAGCAAAUGAAAAAGAACCUAGAGGCCCAGCACAAAGAACUGGAAGAGAAACGUCGCCAACACGAGGAGGAGAAGGCCAGCUGGGAGGCCCAGCAGAGGAUUCUGGAGCAGCAGAAGCUAGACGCCUCCAGGACUUUGGAAAAGAACAAAAAGAAGAAGAUAUUUUAAUAGCUCUGGAGGACCUACCUGAUGCUACAGUGUAUUAUUAUUUUUGUCAGCCUGCCAGCCUCGAUUGUCAGAGCAUCUGUCGAUCGACCGACCACAUCAGUUACAAUAAACAGUUUGACCAUAUUACUGUGUAAUAAUCAGGUGAAAGCCAGGGGGCAGUAUUGUCUGGACUCUGAAUUUAACCAAUGACUCUUCUCCCUCAUGUUUCUCCUUAAAGAACUGUCAUCAUUACUGUCCUCGUUUCAUUGCUCACAUAAACAAGUAUAUUCACAUUAAAAAAAAACAUGGCUGGUGUUCAGAGCUCAGUCAUUCUUUCCUCCUUUCCUGUGUCUUUGGAAUUGUCUCCCUGCUCUGUGCUGUAACCCUUUUAAUGCCAAAAAAAAAAAAAAAAAAAAACUAAGGGGGUCAGCCUUUCC